AUGAAGAGAGACUGUAAAGUUCAGAGUGGGAAAAAAGACACUCGGGAGCUGAAUCCCAAAUUAAUGCGAGUAGUAGAAGAGAAGAGCAUGUUUGUGAAGAAUGUGGUAGUAGCGGGAAUAACACUGAAAGCUCUAGUGGAUACCGGAGGAAAGGUAUCGACGAUUCAGGAGAAGUAUGCAAAGAUAGUCGGAGAGCUGAAGCCUAGUCGCAAAGUGUUGCGGGGAUUUGGAAAAAAGGAGGUAACUGUGUCCUCAAAAGUGUGUACCGAUCUUCUAGUUGAUGGAAUCACUUUGCCCGUAGAGCUGCAGGUCGUGCCCACAUGGGUACAAGAUACCGCUAUCAUAUUGGGAGAAGAUGUGAUUGACCAGGAUCGGCUAAUUAUGGUGAAACGAAAGGGCGACGUAAAGUUUUCAUGGGAAAAAGAGACGGAGUCUGUAAUUCCCGCUUUAGAGUCUGGAGAGCAGACAGGUGAAUCUUCUGUAGCUCGAAUGUAUACGAUAGCGGUUGCGGCAGACAAGGAGAUUGAGAAGGAGUUGUUAAAUACUGAUGGAGAUCACCAACAUAAACAGCAGUUAAUCACUAUAGUUCGACAAUACAGAAACUGUUUUGCUCUCAACAUGAUGGAGAUGGGAUGCGCAAAAUCAACGGUGAUGAAGAUUAAUCUCUCAUGUGACGAACCAGUGUACAUGAAACCCAGAAGAGUAGAAUACGCGCGUCAGAAUGUUUUACACGUAGGCUGA